UAUUAAUCAGAGACUAAAAAACCAAGCAAAAUGGCUUUUUCCAAUCAUUAUGUACUCUUCAUUGCUAUUGUAGCAAUUUUUGUCCCUUCAAUUACAGCAGUUGAAUACGUUGUUGGUGAUGAAAAAGGGUGGACUAUCAACUUCGAUUACCAAGCUUGGGCACAAGGCAAGGAGUUCCAUGUUGGUGACAAACUUGUGUUUAAGUACCCGGAAAGAGCUCACAAUGUGUUCAAAGUUGACGGUGUUGGCUUUAAACAAUGCGCGCCACCAGCUGAUGCUGCCGCCCUAACUACCGGAAAUGAUGUGAUAACAUUGACAACUCCGGGAAGAAAAUGGUACAUUUGUGGCGUUGCUCAGCACUGCCAAGUGGGAAAUCAAAAGCUUUUUAUUACUGUUCUUGAUGACGACUUGGCUUCUCCAACCAUUUCACCAUCUCCUACCAAAGAAGACCAACCAUCUAGAGCAACUACAACUACUACCACCACAUUUUGCUUCAUCAUAACUACUUUCCUUCUUGGACUGUUAUUUGCUUGA